AUGGAUCAUGGAGAGGGCCAGGAGGACAUCGCGGCGCCCGCGGCAUCUCUUCCACCCUCCUUGACAUCUCCACUUCGAGGGCCCUCACCUGUAGUCAGACUCGCAGGUCCACAUCCCUACCCUUCGUCUUCCAAGAGGCCCCCGCCCGCUCUUCUCCAGCCCCUGCGGCCAGCGGUCGGCGGGCACCCGCGCCCUGAGGCCACCUCCCAGUGCAUCAUAGAGCAUCCUCGCGGAGGCCAUUCCUGUCCCUCUUUCGCCUUCUUCAUCACACCUGCUGGUCCUCUUUGCGUCUCUUUCCCAGAAUCGUCACGCCACACAGAGCCCGCGCCACUUUAGCAACCUUGCUAAAGGUCCUUCACGGUGCGCGCGCGUUCUUCCGCGCGGGAUCCCCCAGGCAGCUAUGAGCUCUCCCACCAGCAAGAUCCGCUCCCUGGUUGCCUUCUUACAGCAGCUGCGCAGCACCGGGCAGCCCCCCAGACCCGUGACACCGAUGGCGUGCGCGCCCCCUCGGCCGCCGGAGGCGCCCGCCUGCCCGCUGAUGGAACGUGGCGAGGCGCAGAACGCCGCAGCGCUGCCGGGCCCCACCAACUGGCCACUGCUGGGCAGCCUGCUGGAGAUCCUCUGGAAAGGGGGGCUGAAGAAACAGCACGACACGCUGGCGGAGUACCACAAAAAGUAUGGCGAGAUUUUCCGCAUGAAGUUGGGUUCCUUCGACUCGGUGCACCUGGGCUCGCCCUGCCUGCUGGAAGCGCUGUACCGCACGGAGAGCGCGUACCCCAGGAGGCUGGAGAUCAAACCCUGGAAGGCCUAUCGCGACUAUCGCCAGGAGGGCUACGGCCUGCUCAUCCUGGAAGGAAAAGACUGGCAGAGGGUCCGGAGUGCCUUUCAGAAGAAACUCAUGAAACCGGCGGAAAUUAUGAAGAUGGACGGCAAAAUCAACGAGGUCUUGGCCGAUUUCACGGGGAGAAUGGAUGAGCUAUGCGACGCUCGAGGCCACAUCGAAGACCUUUACGGCGAACUGAACAAGUGGUCGUUUGAAAGCAUCUGCCUUGUGCUCUACGACAAGAGAUUUGGGCUCCUUCGGAAGGAUGCCGGAGAGGAAGCUUUGGAAUUCAUCAAGGCCAUCAAAACAAUGAUGAGCACGUUCGGGAGGAUGAUGGUCACCCCGGUGGAGCUGCACAGGAGCCUCAACACCAAGGUCUGGCAGGCGCACACGCAGGCCUGGGACACCAUUUUCACGUCAGUCAAGUCCUGUGUGGACCAGCGGUUGGAGAAGCACUCAGAGCAGCCUGGCAGGGACUUCCUCUGUGACAUUUACCACCGCAACCGGCUGUCGAAGAAGGAGCUGUACGCCACAGUCACGGAGCUCCAGCUGGCCGCCGUGGAGACGACGGCAAACAGCUUAAUGUGGAUUCUCUACAAUUUAUCCCGCCAUCCCCACGUGCAACAGAAACUUCUUCAGGAAAUCCAGGGUGUGCUGCCUGCGGGGCAGGCGCCACGGGCAGAGGACUUGAGGAAGAUGCCGUAUUUAAAGGCCUGUCUGAAAGAAUCCAUGCGGCUGACCCCGAGUGUGCCAUUUACAACCAGGACCCUUGACAAGGCAACGGUUCUGGGGGAAUAUGCUUUACCCAAAGGAACAGUGCUGAUGCUAAACACCCAGGUGCUGGGGUCCAAUGAGGAGAAUUUUGAGGAUUCGAGUCAGUUUCGACCCGAACGGUGGCUUCAAGAGAAAAGGAUCAACCCUUUCGCGCACCUUCCAUUCGGUGUCGGGAAGAGGAUGUGCAUCGGGCGCCGGUUAGCUGAGCUCCAGCUGCACUUGGCCCUGUGCUGGAUUGUCCGCAAAUACGACAUCGUGGCCACGGACCAGGAGCCGGUGGAGGUGCUGCACUUGGGUAUCCUGGUGCCCAGCCGGGAGCUCCCCAUUGCUUUCUGCCAGCGAUGAGAUGCCUCAGGUGAGCACCCGGGAUGCUGGGCCGGACAAAGGCUGGGCCAGCCCAGAAGUCAGCCAGAGCUGGGUUCGGGUCCAGGCUCUCCACUGAUUCUCCCGGGGACCUUGAGUAGUGACUCAACCGUUCUGCCUCC